GCGCGCUCGCGCAGCCGCGGCGUGCUGGCGCUCGAAGCGGGCCUGGCGCUGGCCUCGUGGCUCGCGCUCCAGCGCGGAGGGCUGUCGCCGCGCGUGCACGACCUGGUGGGCGGCAUCCUGCUGGUGUCGAGCGCCGGCGUCUGCUACUUGGGCGUCUGCCACGCGCUGGACAAGGGCGCGCACACGCACAGACUCGGCGCGCUGCUGCUGGACCGCUCCAACCCGCGCUCGUGGCCGCGCGAGAAGCGGCGGCUCUUCCUUGAGGCCUGCACAUGGAUCGCGAGCGUGCUGUCGCUCGACUUCUUGGCGGCGUAUCUGCACCUGCUGGAGACCAGACUGGACCCGCAGCAGAUGAGCGGCAUCGGAGGCAUGCUCUGGCUCAAGGUGGCGCUGUCGUACGCCUGCGUGGGCUACAUCAUCUCGGACACGGGGCGCACGCUGCACGGCUACGUGUUCGGCGAGGAGGACCAAGAGGAGCAGGAGGAGACCGAGCAGCUCCAGUCCGUGGACCAGUUGGUGUUCAACUACUUGCUGAUCACGCUCGUGGGCACGUCGCUCAUCAUCGCCAGCGAGCUGCUGCUGCUCUGCGCGCCAACGCGUCGAGCCGGCAUCGUACUCCAGGGCCGGAUCGUGGACGCGCGCAAGAACUGGGAGCUGCACUCACUGCGGUCGCUGGUCGAGGUGGCCGGCACGUUCGGCGCCACGACGCUGUACUACAGCUCCACCAAGGAUACGCUGCUCUCUCUGCAGCUCGGCACAUUCUGCGGCGUCCUGCUGAUUCUCAGCAGCGAACUGCUGGCGUCGGCUAGCAGGCCGCGGUUCGUGAGCCCGCUGAGCCCGCAGGCAGCAGUGGAGAUGCCUGCAGACCACUGGGUCAAGCUCAUUCCGGUGGUCGUGAUGAUGCUAUACUUUUGCUCUCAAGUGUACGCGGCAAUUGUCCGCGCUGCAAGUGUGCCCUCGAGUUCCUUGGCGUUGAUGCUGUGCUUCAUCAUGGUGGCUGCUAUCACGCUCACUGGACUCGCGCUCUCAGGCAGAAGACCUUCGUUGAUGGAGCUUGGGCGGUUUGGACGACGCCUGGCAGCCAAGAUUUGCGUGGCGGGGAUCACACUCAUUGCACCAAAGGUUUCUCAUGGACUGCCAGGUGUCGUGUUUUCGUGUGGAUUGUCGGCCUUUUGUAUCGCGUUUUCGCGCGAGUGCUGGGAUGAUAUUGAGGUGAACGAAGGAGGCGAGCUCAAGGAAAUUGCUGCUACGCAGCCCUGGUCUUCUCGUGCGCUACAUUUCGUCCAAGAGCGAUACCCACACUUUUACAAGAGGGUGAGGUGGACGUUCGUCGGCAUUAUGAUUGUGUCAACUCUCGACAUGUGCUCGACGUUCUUCACGGCGAUCAAUCAGGAUAAGUUGGCGCUGUCCCUAUCUCAGUAUUCCGCUAUCAACGUCGUGAUUUCGGCGUCUGUCGGGUACCUAACAAGCCCAGCGCCGUACGAAGUCCACCCUGCGGUUGUCCUCCAAACAGGCGCUAAGCAGUUCAAGAACAAGUGGGUCGUCUUCCCACUCCACAUGUUCGUCGAGACGCUGGUCUUUGCCGGAGUUUUUGUUGGCACCUUUGCCGCAUCAUCGACGGUAUUCAGCUCUCUUACGCUCGCAGCGCUCUCGGGAAUUGUGGUGUCAGUCGGUGGUCACUGGGUGUGCUCGCGACUGCAUCUUACGGUCGGUACUCACAUGCGCAUGCAGCUGACGGCGACGUGUGCACUUCUUUUCUGCUUAUUCCUGAUCACCUAUGCUUCGAUGGUGUCGUUGCUCUCCAUUUAUCAUUACUUUGAUAGUAUCGAGGCGGCAUUUUGCCUAGCAUCGUUCGCUGGUAUCUUUUUUCUCGCGGCGAGCGAGCUGUUUUUAAUGUGGGAGCCAACACGCGAAGUCGGACUUCUGUUGCAACGCCGAGUUACGAACGCCAAAGAGAACUGGCAGUUGGAGCCAUUGCGCUCCUUCCUGGAGCUUUUCACCUGGUUUGCAGUUAUCUGUGGGUCGUUUGCGAUGUACGACGAUCUUGUGUUGGCUCUUCAGCUGGGCACGUUUUCUGGAAUCGCAGUCACGCUAUCCGGCGAGUAUUUCCGAAAGAACCGAUCCAAGCUAAUUCCGUGGGGGAGAGGUCUGCUCACGGAUGGUGAUCCGAAUCGUGCUCGCCCGCUUCCUGUGAUGCUCUUGUUCGCGUACAUUGGCUCGGGUACAUUUCAGUGGAUUUUUGAAAACAUGCGCAGUCUUGAAGUCACAGUGCUACUUGCCACCAUCGCCGGGAUCGCGUUCUUGUGCUUCGCUGACAUACUGGUGCUGUUUAAGCCGACACGAUGGGCGGGUGUGAUUUUGCAGGACCGCUUCAUCAACGUGAAACACAACUGGGAUACGUACCCAGUACGGUCUUUUGUGGAGUUUGGGUGCUUUAUGGGUGUCAUCUACGGAAGUUAUGCAAUCUACCAUGACCUCAUCGUCGCAGUCCAAGUGGGCACGCUGUCAGGAAUGCUGGUGACACUCGGUGGUGAACAAGUGCGGAGCUGUGCGCGGGCGCUGCCUCUGAAUGAAGCAGCGAAGAAAGAGGUGGAAAACACACAGAUUCUCCCACUCCCAGUAAUGGGCUUGCUCGGGCUUGUGGGAGCUGUGGCGUUUAACAUCAUUUACACGCACCUUCGCAGCAUCGAGGUGGCGUUUGUCCUCGCCACUAUGAGCGGCGUCAUUUUUGCUCUUGUGGGAGACAUGUUCGUCAUCUGGAAGCCGACACGCAAGGUUGGGAUGAUUAUUCAGGAACGUAUAUUGUACUUUAAGGUGAACUUCUCCAGCCACUCGCGCCGGUCAUGGAUGGAGGUGAUCUCGCUUUGUGGUGGUUGGUAUCUUUCCUACGACUUUUUGUGGCCUGGAGAUCUCCUUGUCGCCGUCCAAUUUGGCACUACUGCUGGAAUCGUGGCAUGCGUUUGUGGAGAGCUUACAAUGGAGUACGUCGCUGAAGCUGAGCGUCGCUUGGUAGCCAGUGUCUCGGCCAGACUAUCACAAGACUCGCAGAGGGACAGUACUUUUCUCAAUUUGCCGUACGAAGUUCAGUUCGAAGUGGCUCACUUCUUGACAGCGGAAGAUCUUUUGGUGGCGCGGGCUACAUGCCACAAGGUCAACAACAUGCUGAAAGCGGAGUCUGCUCGAUUUUGGUUGCACGCAAGUCUGAGGCGAACACAUCGAGACCACUCUACCCAAGAGCGCUCUCGAGUUCACAGCAUCAGCCAUCGGAUGGGAAACCAUGCCCGAUCGCUCGUGUUUGAAGCUAUCACGCUUGUGCUGCCCAAAAUCGUAGGAGCCAGAGACCCGGCCCAGGUGCUCACAUCAAGCAACGAAGUCAAUCGUGCUUUGAAGUGGGUGUACCUGAACGCUGAUUGGAUUCGGAAACAGAGCCUCCCGCCGUUGGCAAAAGAAGGCGAUGGCCAAGAUCGCGCCGUAAUUUCACUAACCGCCGGUGACGUUGCGUUCGAUGUAUUCCGUCACAUGCCGGACAAGACCUCGUUGGGUAUCAUUGUAACUCGCAACGAAGACUUCGCUAUUGAACGCGUAGACGUCCCCAGGGGGAUUUACGACACGAUCCAGCGGGACCCUUUCAGCUUUGUGGCUGCCGAAACGCUUUCAACCUUGGCGGUGUUCUCACAUUGGCACCUGACGCUGGUGGCAUUCGCUACGAUGACGCUCAUUUUCAUCGGCCAGUUCUCCAGCGAUGUUCUUAGAGCGUACGUGUUACCGGAGUCGUUCACGUGGUGGGGCGUUCGA